AUGCCAUCGUCGCUGGCAAAUGAAAUUUCUUCCGUUGCCUUGCGAGAAAAGCUGGAGUGGCUAGGAUAUGAAUCGCUGGAAGAUCUGCGUCAAACUGGUGUGAUCGAUCUCGUCAAAGAAAUCGAUCUUUCCAAGGAAGAGGUAUCCAUACUGCUGGAAUGCAUUCGCGGAAAGCCUCUUCCGCAAACUCAAACAGCGGCCGAGCGGGUUUUGGAGGAGAAAGAGAAGCGAGGGAUCACUUUGUCGUGCAAAAGAAUGGACAGACAAUUGGAGAAUUUUGGCGGUAUUCCUCCAGCGAGAAUGACCGAGUUUUGCGGAGAAUCUGGCACUGGCAAAACCCAAUUGUGUCUUCAAUUGGCCGUUAAUGUUCAACAACCGAAAGAGAAAGGCGGUUUGGAAGGCGAAUGUGUCUAUAUAGAUACCGAAGGUGGAUGUGUGCCUGCACGGUUAAAAAUGAUAGCAAAAUCUGCAUUCAAAGAUGUCAAUGCUGUACUGGCACGAAUUCAUGUAUUUCGUGUAUUUGACCACGUGGAAUUGGUAGCUUUGAUUCGACAGUUGCCUGAAAUCAUGGAAGCUUAUCCAAAGACGAAACUCUUGAUUAUCGACAGCAUCACGUUCUGUUUAAGAGUGAACGUGCGAGACACACGCGUCCGCACCGGUAUAUUAAAUUUUGUCGCUCAAUCCCUAGUACAGUCUGCCAAUAACUACGGAAUCGCUGUGGUAGCUACGAAUCAUGUGAGUACAGAUCGUAUCCAUUCGUCAUGGACACCGGCUCUAGGUAUCACAUGGGGGCAUUGGUGCGCGCAUCGAUUCUUUCUUUAUCGCAAACGUCAUCAACGAUAUGCAUACUUGUUCAAGACAGCACCACCACCGGCUCAACCCAUUACGCCGUUUACAAUCAUGGAUCAUGGUAUUUCCGAUAUAGACGGUGACGAAGGACCGGCGCCUUCCAGCGAAUCGUUAAACAUUGCAAUACCAACUGAACCUGGAACGGAGGCAUCGUGGAAGGAGGAACAAGAAGAGAAGGACGUGUGGGAUCAAAGUUUCCUGACGGAUGAAAUUCUUUCUCAACUACCAUCGCAACUAUCGGCAGGAGAUCGUAUGAUAGAAGAAGUGGCGGGUGAUAUUGUGCCCGAUUCCCAAUCCGAAGCAUCCCUAUCUACUUUUCUAGACAACGUGCAAGACACGCUUGAUCCGACUCACACUGGCACCACUGUGCCUGGGAAACGAAAGCAUACGCCAUCGCCUCCAGUCACUCACUCGCCUGAGAUUUGGUCCAGUGAUGAAAACGAAGAAGACUGGCUCUUUCUUGCUGGACUGUCAUCACCCCAAUUUUAA